CAGUUUUGUCAAUAUUUAGUGGCCAUUAAAAUCCGGAUGCUUAUUUCAAGGAUUUCGAGUACCAGUAUUAACAUUUUUCGGAAACUACACAUCUCAGGAUUAACAUAUCAGGUUUCCAAGAUGGCGGAAUGUGUUCGUGAAAUCGAAGGUGAUUUGUUUGCCGCUCCAAAGGACCACUCGUUGGCGCACUGCGUCGCCGCUGACCUGAAGAUGGGUGGCGGAAUUGCGGUCAAGUUCAAGCAAGUUUUCAAACAAGUCGACGAACUGAAGGCACAGAAAGCUGGAGUCGGCGGUGUAGCCGUGCUGAAGGACGGCCAACGGUUUGUGUACUAUUUGGUCACCAAGAAAGGAUCGAUGGACAAACCGACGUACGAUGAUCUGACCAAAUCGCUGGAGGCUAUGAGAAAGCAUAUGUCUGAAAAUGGUGCCAAGAAGGUGGCAAUUCCCCGUAUUGGCUGUGGCAUCGAUGGAUUGGAGUGGAAUAAGGUAAAAGGUAUUCUCAAUUCUACUUUCGGGCAAGAAAAAGACGUUGAAAUUGUUGUGUACAAUUUUGUUCCAAAGUAGAGAGCUGCGUAGAUUUAUGGCCAAAAAUUCCAAUUUAGUGGUUGUGUUCCUUUAUAGUGA